CUUUGACCACGCGACUUUCUGUCAAUUCUUCCACCAUGAAGUUUUCCACGAUCUCAUCCGCCUCUACGGCACUUCUCCUGCUGCCCCAACUCGUGUCGGCGCACUACCUCUUCCCGCACUUCAUCCUCAACGACAAGGUUUCCAAGCCCCAGGAGUUCACCCGCGAGCACGACAACGGCUUCAUGCCGCUCAAGACCCCGGAAAUCCUGACGAGCGACGACAUCCGCUGCAACAAGGGGUCCAUGAACCACCGCACCCAGCCCAAGACGGCCAAAAUCAAGGCCGGCCAAGACACCGUGGGCUUCAAGACCGCCGUCGGCAACGUCUUUCACCCGGGGCCCAUCACUAUCAUGAUGUCCAAGGCCCCUGGCAGCAUCGCCGAGUACGACGGGUCCGGCUCCUGGUUCAAGGUGUUCGAGAUGGGCACCAAGCUCCCCUGGAACGGCAAGGACGACGGCUGGCUCACCAAGGACAAGGACCGCUUCACCUUCAAGCUCACCGACAAGAUCCCCGCGGGCGAGUACCUGAUGCGCAUCGAGCACAUGGCCGUCCACCAGCCCUUCAAGCAGAAGGAGCUCUACAUCAUGUGUGCCCACGUCGAGGUCGAGAGCAGCUACACCGGCCCCGAGCCCGGGCCGACCAUCAAGCUCCCCGGCGGCUACAAGGCCGACGACAAGGCCUUUGGGCUUGACAGCUGGGCCAACCCGCCCCCCAAGGAGGCCUUUGCGCCCGGGCCCGCCCUGUGGCCCGGCGGCGGCGGCGGCGGCGACGCCUCGGCCAACGACACCCAGCCCGCCGCACCCCCCGCCCAGGCUGGCAAGCAGAGCCAGCCUGCCAAGGGGAAGCCCGAGACCAAGGGGAAGCCCGACACCAAGGCGAAGCCCGACACCAAGGCGAAGAGUGACAGCAUCAAGGAAAAGUCCAAGAAGGUGAAGCGGAUCCUUAGGGCUUAGGUUUCUUGAUCUGUGUCUCUUCUCCUCUUCUCUUUCUGUCCGCCAAGCUAGAUUACAGCUUCGGGCAAAUUUCACACCACCGGACGAGCAAGUCUGGCUUGCGAGAUUGCCAUGAGAUCGGUGAAAACAGGAACCCCUCUG